GAGAUCAACUUCAAAGUCAGUCAAUGUCUUUCACAAAUGCAGAAAACAAACACAACCCCACUCAAAUUUUACAGGCAUACCCUCUCUGCAACUUUUCCAUUCUUUUCUUCUCAGUUGCAAACAGAAACAGCGGCAGCUACUGUUUGUUGAACCAAAACAAUGGAGAACAUAGUUUCCAUACUUGAUCACAUGCCUGUGGGAUUCAGAUUCCGUCCCACAGAUGAGGAGCUUGUCAGCUAUUACCUCAAACACAAGUUGCUCGGUGAUGAUUUCUCUGUUCAGGUCAUUCCAGAGAUCGACCUUUGCAAAGUGGAACCUUGGGACGUGCCAGCGAAGUCAGUGAUCAAAUCCGAUGACCCAGAGUGGUUUUUCUUCAGUUCUGUGGAUUACAAGUACUCCAAUAGUAAAAGGGUCAACAGGACCACCGAACAUGGCUUCUGGAAAGCCACUGGAAAUGACCGUAAAAUUCGGAUUGGUGGCACUAACAAUGUCAUUGGGACAAAGAAGACUCUUGUUUUCCACCAAGGCCGCGUUCCCCGUGGUGUCAAGACCAACUGGGUUAUUCAUGAAUAUCAUGCUCUUACCUCCCACGAAAGCCAGAAGACUUUUGUUUUAUGCCGCUUGAUGAAGAAAUUUGAGAGAAAACAUGAAAGGGGAAUUGAGGCACCAAACCUUCCUGACUAUGGAAAUCCGAUACCAGCUGAAGAAAUUCCAUCUGUAGUAGAUGUUUCACCUAGAGUGAUUGUGGAUCCAGACUUUCCAGAAGAUAUUUUCUUCCCCCCAGAACAACAGUCUCCAGUUGGUAUUGAUCUGGGAGAAUUGUUCCUAAACCCCUCACCACUCGAUGCUUGUUUUGGAAAUGAAAGCUCCAAUGCGCAAAUUCCAUUUCUAGAUACUGAUGAUGAAGAUGAGUUCGUAAAUUCAAUAUGGGUUGAUGAUGAAGAGCUUGUCAUCAAUGAAGAAAGAAGACACUGUUUUGUCAAUCGUUCCACCCAACCAAAGUCAUUGAGAAGGGUAUACAAUGCAAGCAGUGGCACAGAUGCUGAAGUUGUCUCUAAUCUGCAUGCCAAUAUUUGUUCUGGUGAAUACUCUGGUGCCAUGAGUAGUCUAGAUUCUAAUCGUGAAGCACACAAAGGAAAAAAGGAGAGUAUCAUUCAAGAUGAUUUCUGGGCAGUAGAGACAUCCUCUUGUGACUCAACUGCAGAUGAACAUAUUGAAAUUUCUAGUUCUUCCUCCACUCGUGCAAGAUUGGAAAACCGGUGUAAUCCAAGACCAGACAACUUCNUAUUACAAAAAACUGUUGCAGGAAGACCACAAACCCAGAAGAAGGUUUCAAACAAUGCAGUAUCCCAUGUAGAGACAAGGAGGGAAUUGGUCACUGUGAAAUCAGAGAAAGAUCAGAAAAAUGCUGAAAAUUCUAGUUCAAGGAGGAUCCUCAAAAGCAGAAGCCAUCAAUCCUCUGAUGUCAAUAGCAAAGGUUCUUUCCUUUACAUGGAAACGAUUUCAUCAAACCAAAACCUAUUUCCACGUUCGGUAUAUCUUGUCAAUGUGGUCAUAGGGAUUGUGUUGUUAAUAGUCAUUAGUUUGGAUGUAUUAUUAUCUUAGAACAUAGAAGUAAAGGUAGUCUGCUACCUGGUUAAUAUGAAAGGCAUCAUAAGUUUAAACUACACAGGGUAUUGAAACCCUUAUUACUAUUUCGUUAUAAGUUGCAUCAUGGUA